AUGUCAUCUCCCUCGCUGGUCGAGCAAUUGUCGCAUUAUCUUCUGGACGGCAUGUGGCAGCUCGGCAACUGUUUCAACUGCUUUCCCUCGAAUCCUUCGUUACGAGUCAACGGUCGAAGUCUCAAGAUCUUGCGAUUGCUAGGAGAAGGAGGCUUCAGCUAUGUCUAUUUGGUACAGUCACCAGGCGAACCAACCCUAUAUGCGCUCAAGAAGAUUCGAUGUCCAUUCGGCGAGGAGAGCGUGUCGCAGGCGCUGAAAGAAGUUGAGGCGUACAGCUUGUUCUCUCCGCACCCAAACAUAAUACACGCUGUCGACCACAGCGUCAAGACCGAAAGGGGAGGGGACGCAGGCAGCAAGACGGUGUACAUCCUGUUACCGUACUACAGGAGGGGCAAUCUGCAAGAUGCCAUCAAUGCGAACCUCGUGAAUCGCGCGCGCUUCCCUGAGAGACGACUCAUGGUCCUGUUCCUCGGCGUAUGCAGAGCGCUCAAAGCCAUGCACCAAUACCGCGUGAAAGGAGCGUCUGGCGGUGAGCAAAGUAGACGAAACGCGCGGAAGGUGCGACAAGAGGCUGCAGAAGCAGACCAGGACGCGCAAGAUGAGGUUCUCGCCAAUCAAGGCCGGCGGAGGCGGGAUCAUGAAGACGGAGAAACAGAGCAUGAACCGUUGAUGGAAGGCGAGGUCAUGGCAGCGCAAGAUGGUGUUGCAGAGGGUGGCAUGAGAAGCUAUGCGCACAGAGACAUCAAGCCGGGAAACAUUAUGAUUGCGGACAAUGGCACACAACCAAUACUCAUGGACCUUGGCUCAAUCGCGCCCUCGCCCACACCGAUCACGAGUCGAGCGAUGGCGCUACAGGUGCAAGAUCAGGCCGCGGAACACAGCACGAUGCCAUAUCGCGCACCUGAGCUUUUCGACGUGAAGACAGAUACAACCAUCGAUACGAAAGUGGACAUCUGGAGCAUGGGUUGCACGCUGUAUGCAUGCCUUGUGGGUAAAUCACCAUUUGAAGCACGAAGCGAGGAGACUGGCGGGUCUCUAUCACUCUGUGUGCUUGGUGGAGACUGGCGGUUCCCAGAUGAGGGCGCAGCAGAAGCCAGGCGUGGGAAGCAGCGGGUCUCCGAUAUCGAUCCGAACGCCAGCAAGAAGGAGGACGCCAUAGCAGACCCUGUCAAGCAAGUUGUAAGGCGAUGUUUGACUGUUGAGCCGAGCGAACGACCAGAUAUCGAUCAGCUCAUCUCGAUGGUUGAGGAAGUCAUCACGGCUCUUCCGGACGAAGGUGAUGCAGCGCUGGACAUGGAGUAA